CGACAUCUUGCUCGGCAGGAAAGCGCGCGGAGAGCGGGCGGCUUCUGGCUGCUGCGCCAAGCGCGCUGAAGACCCGCCGGGCGCCGCGGGGUCGGGGGCGCAGGGCCAGGCCGGCGCCGCACGAAGGAGGGCACCAUGUUCGACACGGGCUGCACCAAGUUCUCGGGGAGCGCCGUGAAGAGCGAGUACAUGAAGCGCUACCAGGAGCCGAGCUGGGACGAGUACGGGCCGUGCUACCGCGCGCUGCGCCACUACCGCCUGAGCCGCCGGCUGCGGGAGCAGGCGCACGAGCCCUGGCCCAGUGACGACUGGGGCCCGGCCCGCGCCUCGGACGACUCGGCGGCGUCGUCGUCGUCGUCGUCGUCGUCGGGCGCCGGGGGCCACGCGCCCCAGUGCGCCCGGGCCUCGCCGCCGCCGCCGCCCGCCGAGCUUGCGGCGCGGGAGGGGCCGGAGCAGCGGGAGCGCAGGGCCCGGGAGGAGCAGGGCGCGGAGGCCGCGGAGGAGCCGGCGCUGCCAGCACUGCCAGUGAAAGACGUGAAAGAAAAACGGCUCAGGACGAAAGAGACUGUCAGAUUACCCAGCAGUACCAAGCCUCGGCUGCGACCAAGUGCCUUACUUGCUAGAAGAAGUCGGAAAGCAGCCAAGAACCCUCAGAGAUCAUCAAGUAAAAUAAGAGAAAACAAGCAUCCAUUUGCUCUUUACGGGUGGGGAGAGAAACAGACAGAUACGGGAAGCCAGAAAACUCACAACGUCUGUGCUUCUGCCCCGGUGCACGAGAUUCACGAAUCAGCAUUGCGAGCCAGGAACAGGAGGCAGGUGGAGAAAAGGAGACUGGUGGCUCAGAGGCAGGGCGCUCACUCUGCAGACGUGGAGAAAGCCAGAAGGGUACCGCCGCCCUCCCCGGACAACCCGUGGAUGACAGAGUAUAUGAGAUGCUACUCGGCGAGGGCUUAAAGGAAGAGAGCAGCAGCUGCUCCGACAGCCUCUUUUCAACAGUGCAAAUGAAAAGAAGGCAAAAUAAAACAAAACAAAGGAAACUGGACACAGGUUCAAGAAACCAGCUGAUUAUGCAGGGUUCUCCCUAGGGAGUUUCCAGAAGAUUGUUCCAUUGUGACGAAUCCUGGUCAUCUACCUCGGCAGCAGAGUGACAGCUGAAGCCAUAGACGUUUGGUUAUAUACGAAGGGAAUUCCCUAAAUCUUUGAUAUUCUUGUAAGGGUCUUGUUUUAAAGCAUCUUAAUCUUUUAAGAUACACCAAAUGCCUUUAAAUGGCUUAGAGAUGCUUCACACGCAGUGUUCUUUCCUACGUUUAUUUUCAUCCUGUUCUAGGUAACUUCUCAGAUUCCGUGGCUGGUUAAGAUCGUUCCGGCUUGCAGCGUAAGACUCAUUUUCCUUAUGUGUAGUUUUCUUUUUGAAAGAUUAUCAAGUUAAAAGUGAGUUUCAGCACUAACACUGCUUCCACGUACAGUCAAACUAGAACCUCGGUCGCUCCUAGAAAAUCAAACUUUCUGUAUUUCAGUUCAGCACCACUUCACGCAGCCUGUGAUGUCUAAGAGUUCUCCGGGCUGGUCGAAGAUCCUCUUUCCUCUUUAAAUGAUCACUUAGGCCGUGAGUAGUAGUUUAAUAUUUCAGGUGCAUCCCAGUAGGCGAAGUGCCGGCACAGUGUGUUUAGAACACACCCUGGGGCGUCAGUCACUUGCCGCGCGCUGGCCUUUUGACACACACCCGCUCUGGACUUUCGCCUCUUCUCUAAGAGCUUGGCAAUGACAUUUAGAACUGAUAAUCUGAAGUUCCAUUUAAUACAUGGAGAUUGUCUUGCUCACUGGGGAUGGAGGACGAGCAUGAAGACACCCCUUAUAGAGGUGGACCACCCCUGCUUUGUCUGCAUUUUCCUCUGUAGAGCGCACUUGUGACACAGCCUUGAUUGAUGGACAUUGUCCAGACUUCCGGUUGAAAUAUGUUUCUCCUAGCUUCCUAGCCAGUCGAUCUUGGGUAGAGCUUCGUGUGAGAGGAUGGUGGUGUGGGAACAGGCACAGAUGUAAGUAUGUAAAUAACGUGCUCCUUCUCGUUCAGACAUUUGCUUUUGAGGUAAAAAGUGGUUUUGCAAAACGCUGGUUUCCAUCCAGCAGAGGGAGGGAUCCAGAGGAAGGGUGAGUGCUAAACUCCUUACAGAGGAGAAGAAAGGUAUUUUGCCAACUUAGCACGUGGAGAUGUGGGAAUGAAGCACGUGGAGACGUGUGCGUGAAACCCUGGUGGUCACUGUGAGACUGAGCACUUCCUUGGUGUUUUUACUCUGGGUCUUUGAAGUUUGAUGGUCGAUUUUUGGAACACAUGUUUUUGUUCCUCAUUAAACCUUCACACAGUAUCAUCUUACACAACUGUAUUAAAGCUUUGUGGAGUCAUACUGAAGAAUCAUGAACUUUUUUUUAACUUUAAAAAUAUUUGCAUUGUUUUGAAGUGACUAUGUAGAGAGCUCUCCUAGUCACUGAGAUGUAUAUUUAAUAAGAGGAAGUUUUAUAUGUUGUCCCAAACAAACUUGCUAGUAAUUCUGGUGAAUUUUGCUGUUAUUAUGGUCCUUAAACGUUACGGGUACUUACCGAUGAAACCACCCUGGCGUUGUGAUGGUGCAGCUGAUUGUGGAAACUGUUCCUUUAAAACCGCCUCCUGCAUGUUCAGUUUUAACCACCCGCCUCCAGUGUUCGCAGCAUUGCAUCUGACAAUCUAAGAGAAGACAGCCCUGCGGAGUAGCUCAGGCCCCACACUGACAGGCUGCCUUAGGAAGCCAGCUCCCUCUAGACUUUGAAUGAGCUAGACUCACUCUCCUUUGGACAAGAGACUCGUAUUUAAUGUGCUUUACUACUGCGAACUCUAGGCAGAGAUCUGGGAGAAGCUAGCAGGCAAUAUUGGCCAGUUUUUUCCCUUUUUAAGUAGAGGACAGAUGAACAAGAUUUACAAAGCACCUUUAAUGUGCAUGAGCAAUGAAUGAAUCACUGUGAAUUAGCUGAGUCCCCCUCCUAUGUCCAAGUCAUUAGUUAGGGUUUCUUUCCUUUGUUUCCCUUUGGGGGUAAAAAUUACCUCUUGAGCCCACAGAAUUUUUUUGUUUUAACAAUUUGAUGUCCUCCUUUUUCCUUCUCAUUCUGGGAACUAAUGUGGUCGUGAUCAUGCUCCCAUUUCUUGGGACAACUUACGAGACAGCAAACUAGUUUAAAGCUACCUUUCAUGUUGAAAAAUUGGAAACUGAAGAUCCAGUGAUAUUUAAAAUAUAGAAUUAAAAAAUCGCUACAUGAGACUCUCUUAAAAAUUUUGGUUGUAAGUUCUUAAGUAAAACAAUAUGCCAAAAACAUGCUUUCUGUGUUACAUUAUUAAAAGCAGCAGUAGCGUACUGAGUAACAUGUAGCGCUCUGCUAGUCCCAGGUGAAGGAGAGUAAGUAGGAAUCUGUUGUUUUUCUUUUAAAAUCUAACAGACUGCUCUUACUUAGAAGGUGUAAAAAUCCGGGUCACAUCUGGUUCUAUGUGUACUCCCUCACUGCUGUAAAAUUUCUAAGCAUAUAUUUGUGUAUAUAUACACACACACACAUACACACACACACAUGCAUAUACAUACACACACACAUUCUUAAAGUUUGGUAAAAAAAAAAGGAUAUAGGUUGUCUUAAUUGCCCACAAUGUAGUGAGCACACAUUUAUGGCUCUUAUGUAAUAGCUUUGUCAUCGUUGCAUCAAAGAGAAAUUACUAGUGACUUGAAAGGUGUGUCUGCGGGGUCAAACUCAGCUAACUGAAUUGCAUGGAAGAAGGGUGAACAUACUAGGUCAUUGAAGUGUUCAGAUAUUACUGGCGGAGGAGAGGGGCCAACCAUGUGUUAGGAGUAAAAGGAGCUUUUCUUGGCUUCAGUGAAAAACAGUUUGGUGGAUAGUUUUACAUUUCACUGGACUAGGUAAAAAAAACCAAAAACAACUGGUGCUAAUAUUUACGUGGUCUGAUUGUGUAGUUGAUUUGGUAUCAAACUGCCAAUGCUUGACUCGUAAGGUCCUUACAAUAGUCUUGUGAUCAGUUACAUAAUAUUUAAAAAGUGACCCAGAGUGUGGCCCGGUCUUCUCCAAAUGCUUGCACUUGACAUGGAUGUUUGUACGAUAGCAUGAAUGGGGGGCUGCCCGGUGUGCGAGGGGCUCUGCCUAGAUUUCUGACCCAGAUUUGCUCCCUUCAAGCCGGCUAGAAUGAGAUCGGGGAAGAGUUGUAGCUUUAGUAUGUAUUUCCAUUUUGAAAGUCGGGACGCCUGAAGGAAGACAGGACAGGUCUCUUCUUGCAUUUCUUUUGUAACGAGCAGCACUGUACUUAGGGCCGGUCUGCCCGUGUCGUACAUUUAUUUUGACCGUUCAUUCACUCUCACAUUCUGAAGGAACGAGGGCUGGGCUCUUGUAACCACAAAGCUCAGGCAGUGGAAAUUCGGGGUUGUAUUUUCUUAAAACUAUGUAUUGCUUUUAACUUAUGUUUAAUAUUGCAGUUACUUGGUGAAAAAAAUGUGAAUAAAGUUCAUUAAUAUUA